AUGCUGCUUUUACCGCUUCUAUUGCUAGCAGAUCUCACCCCAGGUGGUGACAACGAGCCCAGGCAUGCGUUCCAGGAGCCGAUCUCUUUCCAUCUCAUCCAGAUAUCGUCCUUUGCCAACAGCACCUGGGCACAAAAUCAAGGCUCUGGCUGGCUGGGUGACUUGCAGAUUCAUGGCUGGGACAGUGACUCAGGCACUGCCAUUUUCCUGAAGCCCUGGUCCAAGGGCAACUUCAGCAAUGAGGAAAUAGCUAAGCUGGAGGAGAUAUUUCGAAUAUAUUUUAUCGGAUUUGUUCGGGUGGUACAGGAUCAUGUCAGUGAAUUCCAGAUGAAAUACCCCUUUGAGAUCCAGGGCAUGGCGGGCUGCCAGCUGCUUUCUGGGGAGACCACGGAGAGCUUCCUGAUGGGGGCCUUGGGAGGACUGAGCUUCCUGAGCUUCGAGAAUGGGUCCUGUGUGCCCAGUGCUGCGGGCGGCAGCAGGGCACAGUGGUUCUGCACACUUUUCAGUCAGUACGAAGGCAUCGCUGAUAUCAUAACGAAGCUCCUCUUAGAAACCUGCCCUCGAUUCCUCCUGGGUGUCCUCGAGGCAGGGAAGGCGGAACUGCAGAGGCAAGUGAAGCCCAAGGCCUGGCUGUCCAGUGGUCCCCCUCCUGGUCCUGGCCGUCUGCUGCUGGUGUGCCAUGCCUCCGGAUUCUACCCCAAACCUGUCCGGGUGACGUGGAUGAGGGGUGAGCAGGAGCAGCCGGGGACUCAUCAAGGUGAUGUCCUGCCCAAUGCUGAUGGGACGUGGUAUCUCCGAGUAACCCUGGAUGUGGCCGCCGGGGAGGCAGCUGGCCUGACUUGCCGAGUGAGGCACAGCAGUCUAGGAGGCCAGGACAUCGUCCUCUACUGGGGAUCUUCUGUCUCCCGCAUCAGUGUGAUAUUGUUGGCAGUCAUAUUGCCCACCUCGAUUCUCUUGAUAUGUCUUGCAGUAUGGUUUUGGCGGCGCUGGUAA